CCGAACAUAAAAUAAGACUGUUGGUUUUAGGAUGCUGAACUCGUCGUCCAAAACCCUCCUUAAAUCCUGUCACCGCACUUGAACAUCACCGGCGACCAACUCCGCACAAAAACACGAUUCCAGGGCGGACUUCCGUUCAAAAACACACAACAAUGUUACUCCGGCUGGUCGGUCGCGUCGGAAGAAGACCAACAUCCUUCUUCCCUCAACACUCUUCUUAUCGUCACAUAACCCUAAUUGCACACCCUUUUGCCCGUCGUUCUUCAAUCGAAAACAACUAUGUAGACUACGUCCCACAACAAUCGAGAAGAAACGUAUCAGUGAUGCGGAAAUCAGCUUUCGAAGACCGAAUACGUAGACUCAUUCGCAACGAUAUCCAAUAUGAACUCGAUCGAUCUCCUCGUACUAAGCUUAUUCCAAAUUUCAAAUCUUUUGCGGUUGAUGAGAGGCCAGGAGAGCAGUGGAUCAGAUUGAACAAGCAAUUUGGAGAAGAUGAAGAGAUUAAAGUAGAGGUAACCAUGUUCCGAGUUUCUACUCCUGCUGAAAAAGAAGGCAGUGUUACAACAGAGAACGAUCUCGAGCUUUACAUUUCAAUGGUGAUUGACAUCUUUAAGGAUGAAGAAAAUGGUAUUUUGGAGUUUGUGUGCAAUGUAUGGCCUGACAGCAUUGAGAUCGAGAAAGUUUUUAUGCGUGACCAAGAUGGAAUGACUGGUAAACCCUACUUGGGUCCUCCCUUCAAUGAUUUGGAUGAUGAACUGCAAACUUCACUGUAUGAUUUCCUGGAGAUAAGGGGAAUAAAUGAUGAACUAGCUCUCUUCUUGCAUAAAUGUAUGCAACACAAAAGUAAGAAUGAGUAUAUUCGAUGGAUGGAAAGCGUGGAGUCUUUUGUAGCACGGAAUAAGUAAGGUCAAAAUCACAUUUUGGGGGGUGCUAUUUGAAUACUUGCCUUAACACUUAACAGUAAGUGAAAAGAUUUAUGAGAAUCCAUAAGUGAGGUCACCUUUCUUGCUCUAAGAGCCUAAAUACAUUAUUUAUGAUUUAUCUGUUUCAUGUUGGCUGUGGAACAAUUUAUUGGUGGAGGCUCUGUGGGAUGGGUGACAUUUACCUUUUCAAAAAAAAAAAUGUUUACAAAAAAAAUACUCUUACCUUUUUUUUUCUUAGACAGACUCAUUUUCCUUAUGGCUAUUAGAAAGCUAGACCUAUAUUCUUGGGAAAUUUAGGAAUUUAAGUAUUACAUUGGAUAUGCAAUAUAGGUGAGAAACUACUGGGUUUAUGUGAUAAAGUCACAAGCUAGAGUUAUAGUGAUUAUUUUUUUUUGGGAGACAUCUGUAUAUAAUCAACACUAAUUAAAACACCGUUAACCUUGCUCCUUUCCAUAAUUCCAUUGUAUAUAUAAAAAAAAGAUUAGCGACUAAAUUCGCACAAAGAAACCUACAAUAGCAGUUAGCAGGUCAAUGUUAUUUUGUGAACAAUGUAAAAAAGUUCAAUGGUAAGACGUGUAAAGAAAAAAAAUUAGAGUUUGUUACUCUUACAAGUCAUU